AUGCCCCGCACCAUCUACCUCGCCGUCCUAUCGAACGGCGCAAGACCAGCCCAUUUCUCCGUCUUUGUCCCUACCGGCGACAAAGGAGAAACUGGCAAAGUCAUCCAUGUGACCGGGAACCCAGCAACAGGUUUCUUCCUCCAGUUCAAGCGAAACUACGACUUGGCUACAUCGGAAUACAGCUUAUAUAACCUCAUCCCUUCUUCACGUGUUGAUGACCGGUAUAUCAAAGAUACUGUAGGCAACGGACAGCCUGCUGAGGAUACGAUUGCCCGUGACCGGCUGGAAUCCGUCGCUACGACAGUCCCACCUCCUGGCCGCAGUGCCAACUCGUUUGAUCCGUCUGAUUGGCUGCGGGAUUAUGUCCAGAGACUUAUUGAUGAAGAGUUGGUCGAAAGGAACGCAGGCGUGGUUGUGGAAAACGUUCCCAAAGUAUUGGGUUAG